AUGAACAUAAACUCCUAUUAUACAUAUGAUCCAGAAUAUAUUGAAUUAAAGCGACUGGAAUCGCGUACGCGUUAUGAAUCAACAUUAGAAGGAAUAUUUGAACGGUAUGGAAGAGAUAUGACAGAAGAAUCAGAUGAAGUGGAUUUAAGAACAGGAGAAGUUAUUGUCAAUCGAGGUCAUUUGAAUAACCUUCAAGUUUCGUGGUUUUUAGAAGAAGAAACAUUAAGUUUUAGUGAUGAUAAUCUUGAAAAUGAUUUUUUUGAAAAUAUCUUAUCAUUGGUCUCUAUAAAUCAAAGAGAAACAAUUAAACGAAAAAAACAUAAGGAAAAUAUGUUUCCUCAAAGAUUUCCUUCAAAAGAGAAGAUUUUCAAGCAAUUUGGAAGCCUUGGACCAUCAAUUAUUAAAUUAAUUGAAAGUCAGAAAAGAAAACGAAAACAUUUUAAAAAGAUCAAACGUGUAAAAUAUCCAGAAAGGAAUUCAAAAGAACUAAAUGACUUAAAAAUACGGAAAAUAAGUACAUUUAUUCCAUAUACAAAUUCAGAUUCAGAUUCGCAUUCAAAUUCUUGUGAUACAGCUUUUAAAUUUCAAAGAAUUCCUGUCAACAUAUCUAAUAAUCAAAAAAAAAGCAUGACUAUGCAUCUAAACGAUUUUUUUAUUCACAAUAACAAAAACACGAUAUUUAAUUCAGUACAUGCUGUCAGACGAUUUGAUAUUAUUAUCGAUUGCCCUAAAUCAAAUCAUACAUUCAUCCAAAACCCAAAAAUCGGUACUUUAAUACCAAAAAACACUCUUGAAACUCGAAAAGCAUCUAUUUAUUCAUCGCAUGCUCAUCUUUUUGAUCAAUAUUAUAAUUUUUUGACAAAUUCACAAACAAAACCAAAUCGUCUACUUAAUCAUUUAUCGCUUUAUAAUAAUUUAUAUCCAAUUGAAUCAUUAUCUUCCGAAUCAGCUUCUCAGGCAGAAACAAAAUCUUAUUCUACUAAUACAUCUAUUGAAGAAACAAAUUUGGAAGUGGAAAAUGCACAUAAAAAAAAAAUACACUGUAACAAACUAUUUUGUUUUACUUGUUCAUGUUUAUGAUCUCUGUGUAAUUUUAAUCUGCAAAAAAAUCAAGGCAGAUU